AGAAGAACAUUGAUACGUCACGCUUCCGAAAAUUGUCGAAUGUAGCCGAUUGUACGCGAUGUGACAUCCGCGUCAAUGUUAGCAUAAUAGAAAUGGUGGAGUUGCAGGAUUUUCGCUUCGUAUACUAGAUACCUGUCUGCUGUCGGUGUGUUUCAAUUUCAGAUUAAAGACCGAGCGAAAUAAAAAAAUGGACAGUGAAUUUUCUGACCUUGACCCUGCACCAGGCCCUGAGACCAGCAGUAUGGAGGGGGAAAAUGCUCCCCUUUACUGCAUUUGUCGUAAGCCGGAUAUCAACUGCUUCAUGAUUGGCUGUGACAGUUGUAACGAAUGGUUCCACGGGCACUGCAUUAACAUCACAGAGAAGAUGGCCAAAGCGAUACAGGAGUGGUACUGCAUGAACUGCAGAGAGGACAACCCAACUUUGGAAGUAAAAUAUAGGUCAAAGAAAAGUCGUGACAGGGAAGUUGAUUCUGACAAAGGUGAAAGACAGUACAGCACUCCGAGCACCCCGGACUACAGGAGCGAACGCCGCCGUGGAUCUAAAGUUAAGCGUUCGGUUCGUAUGUGUGGGGAAUGUGAGCCCUGCAGGAGGACUGAGGACUGUGCCCAAUGUGAUUUCUGCAAAGACAUGAAGAAGUAUGGUGGACCUAACAAAAUCCGACAGAAGUGCAGGUUCAGGCAGUGUGAAGUUCGAGCCAGAAAAAUGCUGCGAGUGAAGGAGGAGGAAUUCUCUCUUCGUGAAAGACGGGAGAACUCCCACCACAGGCGGAGGCGAUACUCGGACGACUACGACAGCGAGGAGGAUCUCUACCAGCAGUACAAGGCAGCAGGGCUGGAGGCCAGCAUGUUGUGGGGUAGUGAUGAUGAAGAUGAUGAAGAGCCGGCUUUCAGUCCCGUCCUGCGUAAGAAAGCUAUAAAGGUGAAGCACGUCAAGAGACGAGAAAAGAAGUUUGAGAAGAAAAAAGAGUCGCGUCGCCACAAGCAGAAACAAAAGCACAAAGACAGGAACAGACACACUGAGAGGAGCGAUUGUCGGGACAGUGGAGGGAUGCAUCAGUGUCUCGGUCCAAACUGUGUAGAAGCAGCAAGACCAAAGUCCAAGUACUGUUCUGAGGACUGUGGCAUGAAAUUAGCAGCCAACCGCAUCUACGAGAUCCUCCCUCAGCGUAUCCAGCAGUGGCAACAGAGUCCGUGCAUCGCUGAGGAGCACGGGAAGAAGCAGCUGGAGCGCAUCCGCCGGGAACAGCAGAGUGCCCGACUUCGCCUCACUGAGAUGGAGCGGCGCUUCCAUGAACUGGAGGGCAUCAUCGCCAAAGCCAAACAGCAGGCGGUUCAGCAGGAUGAGGAGGUGAAUGAAGGUGACAGUGAGGAUACCGAUCUACAGAUUUUCUGUGUGUCCUGUGGUCAUCUAAUCACUCCGAAAGUGGCACUGAGACACAUGGAAAGAUGCUACGCUAAGUAUGAGAGCCAGACGUCCUUUGGUUCUAUGUUUCCUACAAAAAUAGAGGGUGCCACAAGACUCUUCUGUGAUGUGUACAACCCUCAGAGCAAAACGUACUGCAAGAGGCUUCAGGUCCUGUGUCCAGAACAUUCUAGAGACCCAAAGGUCCCGGUAGACGAGGUGUGUGGGUGUCCUCUGGUGAAGAACGUGUUUGAGCUGGCUGGAGAUUAUUGUCGAGUGUCCAAAAGGAAGUGCAACAAACAUUACAACUGGGAAAAGCUUCGGAGAGCUGAAGUGGACCUGGAGAGAGUCAGAGUGUGGUACAAGCUGGAUGAGCUGUUUGAACAGGAGCGUAACGUCAGGACCGCCAUGACUAACAGAGCCGGCCUGCUCGCCCUCAUGCUGCACCAAACCAUCCAGCACGACCCCGUGACCACGGAUCUCCGUAGCAACAAGGACCGGUAGUCAGCCUCGUCCUUUGCUCUGUUUGGAUCUACAGAUCCGUGUACAUAACAUAUUUUAAUCACAAGAGAUCAGAAGGUUUAGAUUGAUAACUGUGACUUGUUUUCUAAGGUCCUUUCAAAAACUGUGGAUGAUAAUAUAUAUUUUCCUCUCCGUGGCAGAUUGAAGUUUUUCUGACUAGAAAACUGCAGAUUUUUGAAUCUGGUAUUCUAAAUAAACACCUUCAACAGA